AUGGUGGUAAAGAGUAAGGAGAAGUCUCAACACCUCACCGACCUAGCAGAAAUGUUUGCCAUACUUAAGCGCCACAAACUUCGUUUGAAUGCCUCCAAGUGCGCCUUCGGAGUCGGCACCGGGAAGUUUCUGGGGUUUUUGGUCACAAACCGAGGGAUUGAAGCUAACCCAUCACAGAUCAAGGCUAUACAAGAGCUGGAGGGCCCAAACUCCACGAAGGACGUGCAACAUCUUGCUGGGAUGGCAACCGCGCUGAACAGAUUCAUCAACCGGUCUUCAGAUCGUUGCAAGCCCUUCUUUAAAACUUUGAAGGCCAAGUUCUUUUGGGAUGACGAAUAUGACCGUACACUGGCAGACUUAAAAAUAUACCUUUCCUCAGCCCCUAUCUUAGUCACACCUCGGCCGGGCGAAGAAUUGUAUCUCUACUUGGCUGUCUCUCAACAUGCUGUAAGCGUCGUCCUAGUCCGCGCUGAAUGCAUCCAGCACUUGCCAAUCUUCUAUGUGAGCAAGACUUUGCUCCUGACCGAUACGAGGUAUCUUCCGCUGGAAAAAUUAGCGCUGGCCCUGAUGAUGACAUCAAGAAAGCUGGUGCACUAUUUUCAUGCCCAUACAAUAGUUGUGUUAACCGAGUUCCCGCUUAAGGUGCUUUUUGAAAAGGCAGACUUCACCGGAAGAAUUUUGAAAUGGGCCAUGGAAUUGGGGCAGUACGAUAUCAAGUUCCGCCCGCGCACUGUAAUCAAGGCUCAAGCUCUUGCAGACUUUGUGGCGGAAUUCACCCCUGGAACGCAUCCAAUUUGCCCGGUUGAUUUGGCUGGUGCGGAUUUAGCACAGCCCAUAGUUCUGGCGAUAGAAACGAGUGUUGGCUCAAAAGCGGGAGAAGGCCAAAGAGCGACCGCACUAGAAGAGCCGGGUGACUUCUUGGAAGACGUGCUCAAUCAAGGCAAGGAAAGAGACCAGAAUGAACCGAUCAGAGACUUGGAAUUUAGAAGCUCCCAGAACCCCUCUGAUUGCUGGAAGCUAUUUAUUGGCGAGAUGUGGAAGCUCUUCGUUGAUGGGGCAUCCAACAGGCAUGGAGUCGGGCUGGGUAUCGUACUGACUUCACCGGAUGGGCUGAUUAUCGAGCAGGCAAUUACGCUCGGCCUCCCAGCAUCCAACAACGAGGCGGAGUAUGAAGCCCUCCUUGCCGGGCUAAGAAGCGCAUUGAGAAUGAAGGCGUCAGCCCUGAUGGUAUUUAGCGUUUCCAAGCUGGUGGUCAAUCAGGUCUCGGGGGAGUAUGAGGCAAAGGACGAAAGAAUGGCCAAGUAUCAGGCGUUGAUACACGCAGAGAUCAAGAAGUUCGCUGCAAUAAGGAUGGAACAAAUUGAUCGUGAGGAAAAUAGCGUGGCUAAUGAAUUGGUCGGACUUGCUUCUGCUCAGACAGCUUUUCCUAACCCCUUGAUGAUAGAAUUUUUACCUCGGCUAAGCAUUGAGGAACCGGAAAUGACCAAGGUGCUCUGCGCCGACUUGGGUCCUUCCUGGAUGGACCCCAUCAUCGCCUUCCUGAAAGAUAGAGUUCUACCAGAAGAGAAGAAGGCGGCCAACAAGAUCUGGGCCAAGUCAGAGUGGUUUUGGCUCUCCCCGUCCGGAGCCUUGUAUAAGAAGUCUUUUACCGGGCCGUAUCUGAAGUGCGUUCACCCUGCUAAGGUGGAAGCCUUCCUUUAUGAGAUCUAUGAAGGCAUCUACGGCAGCCAUACUGGGGGUAGGUCACUGGUUUACAGAGCAAUUUCCCAAGGUUAUUGGUGGCCGUGCAUGCAGGCAGACACGCAGAAAUACAUUCGCCGAUGUGAAAAGUGCCAAAAAUUUGCUCACCAGAUCCACCAGCCAGCGAGAGAAUUGCUCCCCCUUACAAGUCCUUGGUCGUUCGCACUCUGGGGAUUGGAUAUAGUGGAGCCACUCCCAGUAGCCCCGGGCAAUCGCAAAUUCUUCAUCGCCGCCACCGAUUACUUCACAAAGUGGGUUGAGGCUGAGCCACUGGCGACCAUAAAGGAAAAGGAUGUGAAGAAGUUUGUUUGGAAAAAUGUUAUCACUCGCUUCGGUAUACCCAAGGCCCUCAUCUCAGAUAAUGGCACUUAA